AAUUAAAUUAUAAUUUGUUGCACAUUUUCUUUUACGAAAAUGUUUGUAAGUAAGCAUAUAUUACAAGUUCCACACUUAUUCAAAUCUAGUUGUGAUGUAUAAAUCUUAUAAAAGAAUGUACAAGUCUUAUAAUAAAAUGCAUAAUUUUGUAGAACCAGAUGACAGCAGAUGAGAGGGAAACCAGAGAGUAAACUAGAAGCAUUUUAUGUUGAAACAAUGGCGUGCUCCAAAUAAGUUUGUAGAAGUGGAAGAAAAUAAUGACGUGGUAGUUUCUAUCGACACAUUGCUUUUAAAAAACAACUUUUGUGAUAACGCGAAUGAAGAUACGACAGAACGUAUAAAUCCUUGAGACACGAGGAAAGCGAAAGGGAGUUCAGUCAGUGUGGUCGACGAAGCAUCAGUGUUCAGUUGAACUCGUUACCGAGUAGUACACAGACUCGCUGCUUAUCGAAAAUGAAGCUCUACAGUAUUUUAGAUGGUCCACCGUCUGUUGCAUGUCGUCAGGCAUUGAAAGCUUUGAAUAUUGAUUAUGAAUUGAUCGAAGUGGACUUUCUCAAGGGUGACCACAUGACGGAAGAAUAUGCAAAAAUGAAUCCACAAAAGGAGAUACCGGUGUUGGUAGAUGGUGAUCUUGCCAUAGGAGAAAGUACUGCAAUUAUCCAGUAUCUCUGCGAUAAAUACGACACAACAGGGAAAUUUUAUCCGAAGGACCCGAAGGCUCGUGCAAUAGUCAAUCACCGCUUGAGUUUCAACCUGGCGAUGUAUUAUCGUGAUAUAUUGGAAUAUGCGGUGGCUCCGAUAUAUUUUGAUUAUCCGAGGACUCCUUUGGGAUUGAAGAAAAUGAAAAUAGCGCUGGAUGCUUUUAACACGUACUUGCAACGUGGAAAUACGGAAUACGCUGCAGGGAAUACAGUGACCAUCGCUGACAUGGCAUUGAUGGCUUCAACCAUGGGACUAGAAGCGAUAGACUUUAAAUUGACCGACUGGCCAUACGUAGAAAAAUGGUACAACAAUUACAAACAGAAACAACCGGAAUUAUGGAAAAUUGUUAAGGAAGCUAUGGAAGCCAUGAAAGAUUGCGUAAAAAAUCCACCAGAUUUGUCUGGCAUAGGUCAUCCGAUUCACCCGGUUCGUCAAGUAAAGAAGACAUAAGCACAUAAAGUGCAUUGCGACCAAUAUGCAUUAAUCUAUAAGUUAUUACACUUGUUCACUGUGCUAUAACAUCCAACAUAGUACAAUAAUUUGAUAAAAUAAAUAUGCUCCAUUAAACGCGAUUUUGCUACCAGC